CCAAAUUCCUCUUCUUCUUCUUCGUGGCAACAAAUCAAAGAGAGAGAGAGAGAAUUUGAUAGUGUUUUCGUAAGCCCUGGGCUGUGUCAACUGGGUAUUUGAGAACUCAAGUUUCCAUUUUUUCAAUUUUUAAAACCAUUUCCAUUGCUUGUCGCAAUCUCAAAUCGCAAAUAUAAAGUUCAAGCCAGUCAAAUCAAUCCUACCCAGAUAUUUUUGAUUGGGUAUUACCAGAUUCCUAUCUUCAAUGAACCACGAGACGCAGACGACGCCGACAAUUCACAAUCCAAAUCCGAUCUUGCUAUUUAUCCCCAAUCUGUUCUAGAUAUAUAUACAAAUUUAGCCUGUACGAUGGGAGGGAUGUGUUCGAGUGGCAUAUCGAAGGAUGAGCCAGCAGAAGUUUUGCCGGUUAAGAGCUCAAAUCUGUCUAGAAAGAUCAAAUCCAUAAGAAGUUUUGGCGAACGUAAAAGGGCUGAUGCCCAUUGCUAUCCGGAUGCUGAUGAUCAUCAUGUCUUUGAUAACAAAUCUGAACAAAACUUUGAUUCUGGGGAGAUUCAUUUCUCCAUUUCCCGUGAGCUAAAGCCAUCAACUCCUGUUAGAAAUGGUCCUGUUAAGGUUACCCAAUCAAACUCUCUUAUAGGAAGAGCUGGAAUUGCUGGGCUUGAGAAGGCAGUGGAAGUGCUGGAUACACUUGGAAGCAGUGUCUCGAAUUUGAAUAAUAGUGGAUUUAUUUCUGGAAUGGGAUCAAGAGGGAAUAGGAUAUCUAUUUUGGCGUUUGAAAUUGCAAAUACAAUUGCUAAAGGUGCGAAUUUGUUGAAAUCCCUUUCAGAAGAAAACAUUCAGAUCUUGAAGAAGGAGAUUUUAAGGUCAGAACAAGUUCAACAAUUGGUCUCUAAAGACAUCAAUGAACUUCUUACCAUUGCUGCUGCUGACAAAAGAGAGGAAUUUGGUGUAUUCUCGAGAGAAGUAAUUAGGUUUGGCGAUCUAUGUAAAGAUCCACAAUGGCACAACCUUGACCGAUUCUUUUCAAGAUUGGAUUCUGAGCAAGUCUACCAUAAACAGCAACUGGAAGAGGCAGAAAGGAUAAUGCUACAAUUGACUACUUUAGCUCAUCAGACAUCUGAAUUAUACCAUGAGCUGAAUGCUUUUGAUAGAUGCGAACAAGAUUUUAAACGGAAGCUUGAAGAAGUGGCAUCGUUAAAUCUUCCACGAAGAGGAGAGGAUGUCUUGAUAUUACAAAGCGAACUAAAACAUCAAAAGAAAGUUGUUAGGAGCUUGAAGAAGAAAUCUCUUUGGGGUAAAACCUAUGAGGAGGUUGUGGAGAAGCUUGUUGAUAUUGUGACGUUUAUACAUCAGCAGAUCACAGAAGCAUUUGAAGAUAAUGGAGGAGGAUCAGCACAAGUGGGAAAGGUGCAGUCUAAACAGCCUGAAAGGCUUGGUCCAGCUGGUCUUGCACUCCAUUAUGCUAAUAUUAUUAACCAGAUAGACAACAUAGCAUCACGACCAAUGUCGCUUCCUCCUAAUGUGAGAGACACAUUAUAUCAAGGCCUACCAAACAGUGUCAAGUCUUCUUUACGUUCAGAGGUCCUGGGAGUUGGCAGUGAUGGCGAUCUUACUGUCGCACAAAUCAAAGGUGAAAUGGAGAAAACUCUUAAAUGGCUUGGCCCAAUUGCUACAAACACAACCAAGUCACAUCAAGGUUUCGGAUGGGUGGGCGAGUGGGCAAACACUAGUAACGAGCUUAAAACCGUGAUUCGGCUCCAAACAUUUUAUCACGCCGACAAGCAGAAAAUGGACCGUCAUGUAUUGGAACUGUCGAAAUGGCUUCACCAACUAAUCUUAACAAGGCAAAGGGAGAAUGGGGUCAGAACCCAAACAAUUAGGUCAUCUCCGACAAAAAAGGGAACGAAUUUACAGGUUUCACCAUCGAGUGGUCAUCAUCAGCUGUCUGAAGAAGAUAGAAGCUUGUUGGAAGAGGUAAUGAGAAGGAAAAGUGUUGUGACUGGUAAGAGCAAAAGUCAGGAAUUGGGUUUGGUUGUGAAACAACAGAGGCGAGCUAACAAGGUCUGGGCGCUGAGUCGGAGCACUGGGAGUUCACCCACACGGUCGUUGUUGUUGACUCAUCGUGAAAGUGAUCUUUUGGAUGUGUUGGAUGGAUUGGAUACUUAGAUUCUUAAAAGGAAGGUGGCAUAGAAAAGAAAAAUAAAAAAAAUUGUAUUGAUUUGAUUACUCUUGCCAUCAUUUUUUGUUGUUGCUAUGUGAAUGUACUAUUUGGUACUAUUUUGUAAAUAUAUCUAGUGUGGAAUUAUUAUUGGAGAAGAUGAUAUAUAUGUCCCUUAAUCUA